AUGGCUGAGAGCUUUCCAGUGUCUGGGUAUAAACGUACUCAAAGUUCUACAAUCUACGAGGGUGAUCAGACGGUGCUGAGUAUAAUAUCUGGGCUGUCAGAUGAAUUUUCAAUGGCACAGUAUGAUGUUUCCGUGCUGCCGCCUAAAUUCAAUGGCGAAAUGCCCACAAAUCUUAAGGUUUUGUGUUCUGAAGAAAUCGUCAAACUCGCCGGCGCUCGGUACAUAAGAGGAUCUCCUAAUGGCGGUAUGGAGUCUUGCUUUGUGACUCCUGCAAUGGCGAUGGAAGACCAGAAUGGGCUAGAAUCGGCUCAUCUUCUUUUCACCUCUGCGGAUUUUAUAACCAGCAAACAAUAUGAUCAAGCAGCCAGGCUGUUGACGCAGUGUCGCAAAUUGUCUUCGCAGUGGGGAAGCCCAAUACAGAGGCUCUGCUAUUAUUUUUCCGGGGCUUUGCAGGAGAGAAUCGAACGCCAGGUCUGCGAGGAUUUAAGGAAUCCUCUCAAGUCAGCUCUCAAUUUCGCCAACAAUUUCAACAGUGGGUUUAAUAAAGCCGAAUUUAAUCAGGUGCUGGCUUUUUAUAAUAGAGUUCUCCCAUAUGUGAAACUGGUGCAAUUAACAUCUGUGCAGGCAAUCUUAGACACCGUGGGAAAUUCUGGCAAAAUUCAUGUGAUAGAUCUCGAGAUUCGAAAUGGGUGCCAAUGGUCAGUGCUGAUGCAGAGCCUUGCCCUGAGAAGUUCUUCCUAUCCGAUUAAGCUUCUGAGGAUCACAGCACUUGGAAUGGAUUCGGAUGAUCUGAAAGAUAGUGGAAGAAGACUUCACGAGCUCGCUCAGUCCUUGGGGAUUCCGUUUUCCUAUAGGAUGGUGCAGAUAAAAUGUUUGCAGGAGAUUCAUGAAGGUAUGUUCAACAUUAAACCUGGGGAGGCUGUCGCAGUGUUCGCUCCCACUGUUUUUCAUAGGUUGUUAUAUAACCGGAGUCUUCUGGAGAAUGUUAUAGAUGUUGUAAAGAGAUUAAGGCCCCGGAUAAUGGUGAAUAUAGAGGUUGAAGCUGACAACAAUUCUCCUUCUUUUGACAAGCGAUUAGUCGAUGUACUCUUCCAUAGCAGCGCUUGUUUUGACUCCUUGGAUGUGAUUAUGCCGGAUAGACAUGAUCCUCGAAGGGUCAAGUAUGAGGAAAUAUUCUGUGGAAGGCAGAUAACGAAUACGAUUGCCUGUGAGGGAAGCGAAAGGAAAGUUAGACAUGUUAAAAUUGAUGUGUGGAGAUGUUUUUUCGAACACAAGGGAUGGAGGGAGAUGAGCUUCAGCUAUCAAGCUUGGUAUCAGGCCAGAUUACUGCUGAAAGAAUUUCCUAACGGAGAAUGCUUCAGUGUUGAGGCCAGUGGAGAUGCCCUAAUAACUGGGUGGAAAACAACCCCAGUAGUUGCUGUAUCUUUAUGGACUUGUGCCUGA